ACACUUUCACUUGAAUGCUUUCCUUGAAACACAACGAACGCGUCGUGCUACUACCAAAUUUCUAGUUUUAUUCCCAUCGAUACUGCAAAAUCGUUAGUGUUUUUGCAAAAAUGUUGAAAAAAUUCGUGGAAGUGAACGCGGAAUGCAGUCCCUCGAAGAACCCGUACGAGGUGCGCACCUACCUUGGCAAUGAGACCACGCCGGAAUGGAAGGCGGAGAACUGCCCGCCCCGCGACCGUGUCUGCCAGAAAAAGCCGCAAAACUCCACGAUCUCCCAAGUCCUGACCAUCGAAGAUGAGCUGCGCCGUAUCAACCAGAAGGCGGAGGAGUCGCGUUUCAUCCGUCCGUUCAAAAAGACCUGCGCUCUCUACGACGAGCACACCAUGUGCAUCAUUCCGCAGCGAACUCCCACCGAGCUGAAGGUACACGCCGAGAUGCGUGAGCGCCUCCUAGCCGCCCGCAAGGAUUUUGGGCUAGUCGAGCACGAUGCGAAGUUGGCGCGGAAGUGUCCCAAAGAUCUCGUUGUUCUCAACAGUCCCAUGGACAUGGGAGAGGAGGAACAAGAGGACGAAGGGGCCGAGGAGGAGGAAUCGGAGGUUAAGCCGCAAGAAGCCACACCUGAGUGCAGCUCGGACAUGAUCAUCGUUCCGGACAAGCGAAUGCUGGAGCUAAAGCGUCCCAAGAGUCGUAUCUACCUGAACGAGACGGAAGUGGGUCCUUUGGAGGAACUACCCUUCCCCUCCUAUAAUCCCCGUGUCCUGCAAGAGGGCUUAGAGACUGAUAACCUCAAGACCUAUGACCUCAUCGAAGGUUGCAGCCCAGAGGAUCUGUGGACCUGGAACGUGGGCUAUCAACGACGCGAAGAGGAACUGGAUCAGGACUUUAUCAACGCUUCCCUGCCGAAAUAUGAAAACGACGGCGAACUUACGCUCUAUAACAUUCCCAAUCAAUUGGAAAAGACCUUUACCGCUGAGAUUGUGUUUGGGACUCGAAACAUUUAUCCAGAGCCGAAGCAAGAGUCCUAUCGCUUACAAUACUAUAACCGGCCCAGCGAGAUUGGGGCCAUUAUCAUUGCCUUCGUGGAGAGCUUCCGCCUGAACCCGGAUUUCUGGACUGGCUCCACUAUGGACGGCAUCCUUAAGCGCGGCGUGAAGCUGACCAAGAAGAGUGCCGCCCUAAACUUUAAGUCGGAGGUGAACGACUUUGAUAUAAUCCCCCAGGUGGCCGAACGUCAGGCCGCCGUGCAGAUCAAGAUUCACUUCUCGGGGCUGCUGAAGAACGAGCCCAAUAUGUUCAAGGCUCUGUCACUGUUCUUCUCCAAGUACAAUGCCUGUAUCUUCACCUCCCGCGAUCUCUUCCUGCUCAUCUGGAAGCGCUGCCUAAACUCGUACUACAUCUUCGAUCCCAACGGGCGCAACGACCAAUGCGAGCGAGACUUCGAGGAGGGGAAAUGCUCGCUGAUGGCCACACGAUUCACCGAGCACCUGGUGCACCUGAUCAGCAAGUUCAGUGACCUGCAGCCCGAUGACGAGUUCAAUAUCUUUGAGAUAGCGCUGACACAGUACGGAAAGCUGAAGGAGGAACCCUAUACAAAGGCCGAGGACGAGUCGUAUCACAAGUUGUGGUCGGUGGUCAAUGAGCAUUUUGCGGUAAAGACAGCAGCCACGGGUGGCAUCCACCAGCCCAUCUCUGGCAAUGAGAAGAACGCCUCGCUGGUGGUAUCCCUGAUAGCGCUGAUUUAUUCAGAAUUCGAGCUAGCCAAGCUGUGGAAACCGGGCACCGUCGAUGAUAUCUUGCGGUACGGCGUGGCCUACUACAAGACCCUGCGUAAGAAGUUCAGACUGGACGGCAAGCGCUGGAAGAACAAGAAACCCCACCUGAACAUUGUGGAUCUGCCGGAGAUGUUCCUGAUGGGGGCCUUCAAGGCCACCGUUCGCAAGUAUCCCUUCAUGAUCAACGGACACGUGGCAGACUGCAGAAGCUAUUUGGAUUCCCAGCUGACAAUGGCGCUACACCAGCUCUUCAACCUGCCCAACUGGCCAGCGGCGCUCCUACAGAUCGACAACUCCGUACUGGCCGUGUGGCGCGAUAGGGAGUUCUUCUACGUGUUCGAUCCCUUCCGCAGGAACCGCACUGGUUUGGUGGUGGAUCCCGAUGAUUAUACCAUCAAGGGUCUGGCCGUGCUGCAGAUGCACGCCACCUUCGACUCCUUCGUCCGUGUGCUGUACCGGAAUGCAUUGAAGAUGAGACGUGGCGGCAAGUUCUUCAUCCACGGCAUCCGAACGGGAUGCGUCCGACCGCUGCAGGUGAUAACUACGCAGGCGAAUAAGUUCCAGAAUCUUAAAAUGGGUCUGCCCACGUUCACGGACGAACCGCCGCUUCCUGAGCUGAAGCAGAAGAAGAGCAUCGAGAGCAUUCCGGAGGAGGAGCGCUUCCCCACCGUCGAAGAGAACGAGAUGGUGGAUGAACUGAUAAACAUGAUCAUCAAUAGUAUUAUCAAGGAGCUGCCGGAACCACAGUUGAAGAGGCCUCACCUUUAUAAGCCUGCCCAGAAGGUCCUGCUGCGCACGGACCAGGAAAACCUCAGAGCUCUGCGGUUGAAGAUCAAGCGCGGUUACGAGCUGGGACAGGAGGAGGAGGAAGAUCCGAAGCGCGUGCUCACCGUGGAGGAGGAGGUGGCUCUCAAGAGCAACUUUAAGCAGCUGCCGGAUGGCUCCUGGAUAAUCAUGGGCACCACAUACCUGCCCCAAGUGGACGAGGAGAUGGCCAAGCUGGGUGGCUUGCUGGCUGGCCUGGUGGCCAUGGCGGUGUCCUCGAAGUACAAGCUUUCCACCUGGAAUUCCGACCUCAUUGAGUUCGCGCUAGAGUCGGUCAACAGCUUUGGGGAGGACUACCAGGAUUAUGAGAACGUCCUGGCCUGCCUGUUGGCCAAGAAGCUGCCGGACAUCGCCAUUGGCAUGAGCAAUUUCACCCUGGAGGUGAAGAAGGUGGUCAAAUCCUCCAUCAUGGUACCCCUGCGCCAGGUUCUGGUUGAUCUUCUGGUGGACAACAACCGGCUGCUGCUCAUCUGCCAGCGCUUCUCCUGCGUGAUCUUCAAACGCUAUAACUUCGUGUACAUGUUCAUCGGUUUUCCGUGCAAUGCUAUUGGCUACAGGAAGGGCGGAUCCGGUCCAGCCUGUCUCCUCCGCUUCUUGGAGCUGGACGCCCUGAUCAAGCGCAUAGAGUUCGGCUGCAAUCCUCAGGGCUGUUCCGUAAUGAACUUCAUCGUGGCCUGCAUCGUUAUGGUGGACAACAACAUAAAACAACGUUUCAGAUACUGGAACAAGGCGGACGAUGACCAAGAGGUCAAGCUGGAGAAGGCCAGGCAGAAGAAGCUAAAUGACCAGCGGCUGGAGAAGAUGCGCUAUAUCGACGAGGAGCUUAAGAAGGAGAACGAGCGCAUUCAGGCGUUCCUGAAGGCGAAGCAGGAGCACUUGGACCGGAAGGCCGGAAAGAAACCCAAGCCCGAAUACAGGGACACUGGCAUCGACGAAGGCGAGGGCGAGGAAGGCGAGGAGGACGAAGACCUGGGCGAGGAGGAGGGUGAGGAAGAGGGCGAGGGUGAAGUGGAGUUGAAGCACAAGCCUGGCAAGAAGAUGCCCAGGGAGCUGCGGCGUCAGUACAAGCCCCGACCCAUUAUGUUCGGUUAUAGGAUGCGUGAGAAAGACUGCAACUUCAAGAUCCAGGGAAGCGUCGCAUUGGAGGGACGCGGGGACGGCACGUUCGACACGAUCAAGCCGUGCUACUUCGCCUCCGCUUUGGCCAUCCUCAGCUGCUCCCUGCGCCCGCUGAACCAGUGGAACUCGUACCGCAUCGACCGCGUGAUCAGCAAUGCCAAGAGCAUAGCCACCGGUGUCUGUGAGAUGGAGUCCGCCUAUGAGCGCGUCGUCCGUCACGUGACCAUCGACGACUACGAGUUCGACAUCUGGAUUCGGACCUUCCAGGUGCUGGGCAUGUGGACACCGAAGCCCAUUAAGAAUCCCGGAUCCCCGGAGACCGGUCUCAUGCUUUUCAAGAAGAAGUUCAACAAGGUGCUGAAGGUGCGCAAGUACUUGAUCCUCUUCACGCCCAAUGGCAGCUAUGCCAUCUACCACGACGAGUUCUUCCACGUGUUCGAUCCUUACGGCAGCAUGGAGAAGCCCGGCGAUGGCGAGGAGGAGGAGCAGGAGGACGAUGGCGAUGAGGAGGGCGGCAAGAAGAAGAAGCGCUGCCCAAAGGGACCGAAGCGAUGGCCCGAGCGAAACACCGCCUCCUGGGUGCUCCUCUACGACAUAGACUCCUUGCUUAAGUACAUCGACACGCGGGUGGCCGCCAAGGACUGGAAGGAGAAGGACAAUUACAAGUUCUUCGUGGUGGAUGUCCUCUCCCACAAGAAGGCCGCACCGAAUGCCCGCAUCCUGCAGCUCCUCACCGAUCUCUCCAUACCCAUGACCUGCUCAAACAAGCAGUACGGCCAGCCGGAGUACGAGAUCUGCGCCACCAACGAGUCCCUGGGCUGGCUGGAGCUGGAGAACUGCCUGCCCGUCUGGAGCAGGCUGAACAGGAGGAACACGGCUGGCAAGUACCGCAACCUGCCCAUCACCAAGAUCAAGAAGUUCGACGUGGAGAUCGAGGGCCGGCUCUGGUCGCUGUGGGGCAAUUUGCAUCCUGAGGCGCCGGUCUUUGACGACGAGCUACGCGGUCGCCAGUACCUGGGCUGCUACGUGAUGGCUUGCUGUGCGGCCAGCGUCUACCGGCUGAUGGACUGGAGUCCCCACCUCCUGGACACCAUCGUGGUCAGCGGUAGCAAGUACUUCAAGGAGAGCAUCGACCAGAUCCAUGCGGAGGACUACGAGUUCUCGCUGGAGAACCUCAACAUCGACUGCUCCAUGGAUACCAUCAAUUUUGUGGUCCAUAUCGAGCACGUGUGCUAUGGCAAGUUGUACCGUGUGCCCACCUUCAAUCGGAUGAAUCUCUCCGAGGCGCUGAUCUUCUUCUUCAGCCACUACCAGUUCGGCAUCGUGACUGUGCGCAAGAGGGCGCUGGCCAUCGGAUUCUGUCCGGGCCACGAUGGCGGAUACUUUAUGUAUGACUGCCAGGAGAAGGACCAUCCGCUGUUCCCCAAACUGCAGGGAGCUUCCUAUAUGCUGCGCACCCGCCACCUCCAGGUGCUGCUCUACUGCAUCGUGGUCACCCUAAACGUGCCCUUCUACAACAUCGACUUUAGCAUUCACAAGGUGGAGAUGCUGCGCGAAGGAGCCACCGUGGAGAACGAAGAGGAGGAGGAGGAGGGCGGCGGCGCCGAGGAUGUAGAGUAAGCUGCAGCGGGAGAUGGAGCUGGUGGAUUGGCUUAAGGAGAUAUUGGGGAAGUUUUGUUGGGUGCUCGUGGGGUCAGACGCUGAAAUACGAAAUGCGUUGUCUUUGGAAUAUAUAUCGACGAAAAAUGGGUUUAAUAAAGUGCGAUAUCUCUUUUGGGAUUACUUUUAA